CCCACUCCAUCCUCAUCGUCUCUGCGUCUCCUCUGAGACCGCCACUCAACAUCUCCCACCCAAACACCGCACCCUCCUCUUCCCCCGGCCGCAUCCUCACGGACCUCGGGGGCACGGCGAGGCCCGGCACCUGCAGCAGAUAGUCAGCAAGGCUGGUCUCUGCUGCCCUCGGGCGGCCGUGUGGGGCACUACCUCGGUGAGGCUCGCAGGGAGGACCAGUCACCGGCUGAGGAUGAGCCACCCACCCGGCGCAGGAGGCUGAGUGAAAACGGCAGCACUAAGACCCAGUGGGAGUGGAGGAUUGCAGCAACGGGCCGGAGGAGUAGGCGCUGGGGGGUGGGAGCCGGCUGCUACCUUGGUCGCCUUCGAAACAGCAUCCUCACGAGUGGCAAAAAUGGCUAGUCAGUCCCAGGGUAUCCAGCAGCUCCUCCAAGCUGAGAAGCGGGCGGCGGAGAAGGUGGCCGAUGCCAGGAAGAGGAAGGCCCGGCGACUGAAGCAGGCGAAGGAGGAGGCUCAAAUGGAGGUGGAGCAGUACCGCAGGGAGCGGGAGCAGGAGUUCCAGAGCAAGCAGCAGGCGGCCAUGGGCUCUCAGGGGAACCUGUCUGCCGAGGUGGAGCAGGCCACGAGACGUCAGGUCCAGGGCAUGCAGAGCUCCCAGCAGAGAAACCGGGAGCGCGUCCUGGCUCAGCUUCUCGGCAUGGUCUGCGACGUCAGGCCCCAGGUCCACCCCAACUACCGGAUUACUGUCUAGAACCACUGCUUAGGGACCCAUCCCUGGAGCCUCACUCCUCUGCCUGCUCCUUCCACAGAGAAAUGCAAGUCAAAAUCAUUUGUGUAGCAUGCACAGAGCCUGGGCUUAAUCCAUAGUCCCCCCCACCCUAAAAAAUCACUUUGCAUAAUAACCUCUUCCUGGGCGGUGACAGAAUCCAAUAUGCUCCCGUGAGACUUACAAAUAGCCUAUUCAACCUCUGUGUUCCUGGACACCGACUGGAAACAAAGGAUGGACAGCCCACGCCGCCCCCAUCAGAUCCCUCUGGGAGCAUGUGUGUGGUAGCAGGGCUGUGGCAGGCACCCAGACUUCAGGGGUGGCGGAUUUCUGCUCCUCUCCACCCCUGCUCCCUGCUGGCUGCAGUACUGGGACAGGAGGCCUCGGUGUCCCUGUAAGCUGCUUACCUGUCAGGUGGCUGCUGUGAGUCCUCCCGUGUAAGGAUUUAGUGUGGUUCUAGCUGGUAGCAGUGGCAAGCCCGUGCUAUGACCCCACCCUUGGCUGCCUGCCGAGUCCUAGCAAUGCUUCCUUGACUUUCUUCCUGGCACUCUAGUUCUGCUGUCAUUGUGACUCUGGUAAUCCUCUCAAAGAUUACCUUCUCUUGCUCGCAAUGGCAGUCAUGGCCCCUGGUGAUGUCAUUAGCCCCUCAGAGUCCCAAGUAUAUAUUGAACCACUUAGCAUCCGUCUUUGUCUCUUUGUUGGCUGGCCCCUUUUAUCUGCCCGCCCCCCAGCUACUGCUUCCGAGAGCCAAGUGACGCUGCGACACCACAUGCACAGAUCCCGUUUUCUGCCCUCAGCACCUCACUUCCCUAUGUAACUGCAGAGUGUCAAUAAAGCAGGGAUGGAUACGUUC